CAAACCCGUUCAUGGUGUAUGUAUGUCAAGAGAAAUUUACAUUCUGAGCCUCAAUACCUAUUGUCAUUCAACAGCUGAGAGAAAUUGAUCCGGCUUCAUUUCAAUCAAUCAUCGACGCUAUGGCUGAGUCGGUGUUGAGACGUGUCGCAUCCCAUGGCCGGACUCUUCUUGCCCGUGGACAGAGAAACACCGUUGGGGUUCGCCGUGUUUUUACCGAAGCGUCCGAUUCUUCGGACCUAUCUUUAACUGAUGCAUCCCCAAGGAGUUUUGAGGACUUGCCUGGUCCCACGGGACUGCCCGUUGUUGGGACUCUACCGGAGUAUUUUCGGAAAGCUAACAAGGGACAAAUGCAUGAAGUUCAGCGACGUACACAUAAAAAGUACGGCAAAAUCUUCAAAGAGCCAUUCGGCCCGGUCACCAACCUAUCUGUGGCAGACCCCUCCCUUGUUGAGGAGAUCCUUCGGUCGGAGGGGAAGUACCCCUUCCGACCCCCCUACCAAUCAUGGCAGUUGUACAAUGAGAUGAGAAACAAGAAGGGCGGCAUCAUGACUGCGCAAGGCGAACAGUGGAAACGUUGUCGGAGCGCAAUGAACCCCAAACUGCUGAGACCCAAGUCUGUUGGCGAAUACGUCAACGGUAUCAAUGAUGUUGUGGCAUCGUUCAUGGAGAGGUUAAGAUACCUCAAGGAUGUGCAGGGAGACGGGCAGUUUGUACCUCACUUACCAAACGAGCUCAAUAAAUUCACAAUGGAAACGUUAACGUGGGUGAUACUGGAGACAAGACUGGGGUGUCUGGAGAAGGAUGUUUCCCCCCGGAUACAGGACUUCAUCAGGUCCGUGGCAACCAUGUUCCUCACAGGGCACAAACUGGUUGCCUUCGCCAAUGUUCACAAACUGCUCAGGACGAAAGCUUGGAGGGAUCACGUGCAAGCGUGGGAUACAAUCUAUGAUAUCGCGACGGAGCACAUAGACAAGAAGCUGCUAGAGGUGGAGAGUCGCCUGGCGGUCAGCGAGCCUCAGGAAGGGGAGAGAGUGGACUUCCUCACCUACCUCGUCUCGGGGAAGAACAUGACUAAAGAAGAAAUCAACAACAACAUUGCAGAGAUCCUGCUAGGGGGUGUCGAUACGGCGGCCAACUCUCUGUCGUUCUUGGUGUAUGCUCUGGCCAAGAAUUCACAUGUGCAGGACAAACUUCGAGACGAGGUGGAUCGUGUAGUGGACAAGAGAACGGCCAACUAUGAAGACCUGCAGAAUAUGCCCUACUUGAAGGCUGUCAUCAAAGAGACACUUCGUCUCUACCCACCAAUUCCCAUCAACGCUCGCGUCACACAGGAAGAGAUCGUUGUGGACAAUUACCUCAUACCCAAGGGGACUUGCAUUCUCCUAAACAACUACACUAUGUCGAGAGAUGAGAAGAUCUUCUCCAAUCCUGACAAGUUUGUGCCAGAGAGAUGGCUGAGAGAUGAAGCAAAGGAUUGGCAUCCGUUUUCAGCCAUCCCAUUCGGAUACGGAGCGAGAAGCUGUGUCGGACGACGAAUUGCCGAAACAGAGAUGUACCUCGCCACAAUUCAGCUUUGCCAGAACUUCUGUCUCCAACUAAGUGACAAGUUUGACAUCACCCCUUCGGUUCGAACACAGCUGACACCCGGGCCUGAACUUCCGGUGCUUUUCAACGAGCGGUAAAAAAGUGGGAACGGAAUUCCUGAAACGAACCAACUAUAGUGUACAGCGGCUCAAGGCAAUCAGUGUAGCAGUGUGAUCAUGAUAAAACGUGCCAUAGAUCGCUUACAGACAAAUAGCCGUGCCAUGCAGCGGGACGGCAUCGACUUUCAACCUGCAUGACCAAAUAAGGAGCAGAGGAUGGAUUUUUCUCAGGGUGAUGAAUCGAUGAAUUAUCAAUUACCUCACUGGAGAUGUUACGCUGAUGUAACCAAGCUAUGACGUCAUAUUUCUUGCACGUGCAUCGUGAGGUGAUUGUGACGUGUCGAGCGUUCAUUGGGCGCUCUGUUCUGCCUCUCGCUCCUGCAAAAGACCCUACAGGCGUAACAGCCUUGAGCGUUUGUAUCGUCAUAAGAUGACAUGCAUCUUGCAAAACACUUUCAAUGACUGCACCGUGACGGCAGAAUGUUUAGCCAAAGACGUUGUCGAUUGUGAACGGGUAACGGGUACGGAAUGAGCCGUGUUUUAAUGCACUGGCUUGAAAUUUAUUAUAAUGCAACACCAAGAACUGUUUCACUUCUUUCACAACUUUUCAAUCGUUGGAUGUGAUCACGACUGUUCAUGACCUCUUUGCAUCCUUGUGCUUAUUCUACCUCUUCAUCAACAAACAUUGUGUAUUACGUCAUCAAAAACUGUGUACACACCGCCAUGUUGAACAAAGCUGUAUAUUUGACUUCACGUGAAAAUGUCGCAUCAUUCAAGGAAUACCAACUAUGGAGCACCUUGGGAUUUCAAACUGUGUUCUAUGUAACUGUGGCAGUGAUAUGCAUGCCUUGCGUGUCAUUUGUUGCCAUGGCGACCAACUGAGAGACAAUGUACAGUUGACAUGUAAUUCUGGUGUCAAUAUUUAUAAAAUACGUGACUUUAACACGCUUUGCAGUUCACAGUUUGCACAACGAGGAUUCUCACUUUUCGAGUCCUGAUACUAAGUAGGCCUGUGGUGUUAGUUUCGUAUUUCAAUCGGAAGCGGGAUCAGUCAAAUAUUCGAAGCCAUGGUUACGUAUUUAUAAACAGGGAUGUUUGACCUGCUUUGGCUUGAAAUACGAGACAUAAUACCAUGUCACUUCGAGAAGCAGCAAUCGUGAUUGUUAGUUGUGUACAUAUAAACCCAACGCUCAGUAGCUAUUUGUUGUUGAUAAAACGCAGUGACAGUAUUACUAUCGACUUGUGUGUGUACCUCCUCAUUGUACAUAUGACUUUAUUUUAUUCAAUAUUUAAUUAUUAAACCUUGAAGUAUUGACA